AUGGGAGCAAAUUCUGCCAGAAGGAAUCGAUCUAGGUCACAUUCGGAUCAUCAUUCAUAUUCGAGACAAGAACUAGAUGGAGGCAGCCUUCACCUAGAGACAUUAUCUGAGCGAGAAGCAGAUCAUAAAAUAAUCACUCAUCUGGCUAAACCACGAAUUCAGUUAGGAAUUCAGAGUUCAUCCAAGAAUUCUGGUGAAAGAUUGGGCGAUUAUACUAGCACAGAGACGGAGAACAAUUCCUCAGCUAUCAGCGAUGUCUGUUAUCCUAAUUUACUUUACGGUCCAGGUCCUCCAACAACAGAUUUAAGGCCUGGUUCCUCGCCUCUACUUCCAGUACAUUCAUUUGCUCAUGUUCGGCGAUUUCCUUUUGUUAGCCCUCGUCAUGAUUCUAUAUCUCUUGGUGGGGGGGGUGUAGAUGGUAGCAACAGUCACCACUCGUAUUCGUCCCGUUCCACGGUUACGCCCGUGGGCCGAAUUGCACACACCUUAUAUCCCACAGCCCGGCGUGGCCACUCAAUGGCUGCAUUGCCGUCGUUUGUCUCCAGCCUCAACUGUGGGCUGGCUGAGCCUUUGUCCCAGGCCCAGGCUCAGGUACACUUGCAACAACAGCAUCAAUUCUAUCAUCAUUGGCAAAACUAUGUCCAUCAUCCUCUUGGAUACACUUGCUAUCCAUCACUAUUUCAAAAUCAUGGAUUAUACCUUGCUCUGCCUGCUACAAUGCGUGCUAAACCGCCGGCGCACCUGCCUCAACCAUCACCACUAAUCUGCACUCUGCAGCAGGUCCAACAAGCAAAUACUGGUUUGUUUGGCUCUUUAGGGAGUAAUAUUUUGCCUCUAGAAGCUCAACCAGACAGUUCUGCAGCUGAAUUGUUAGUUCUGCCUGUAAUGCCAACCUCUAACCCUAUAUCGGAUUCUGUUUCCGUUCCGGCAACAUGUUCCCUCGGGAAGAUCUCUAUUACUCAAUUGGCUGAUCGACCUGACUCGAGUACACUCGAACCUAAUUUGAUGCAGCAGCCACAGGCAUAUCCUCGUCAUUCUACAUCUCCAGGGCCAUCUGCACGACAUCCGCUUCUCGCUAUGUAUCCUUUUGUUUCGCCUGCUUAUGAAUACACCAAGGGUCCACCAUCCUCUUUCGUUACCCACCCGCUGCACUCCCAGCCUUUCCAGGCCCCCCUCACUCCGCUUCAUCAUAGCGCUCAACUUACUCCAUUCUCAACUUUCCUCACAUGCAAUAAGACACCUGUCUUCACUCCGCCAGAAAUGAUCGAUGCCCAUGACUUUAUGACGCCAGCUUCACUUUUCUCAGCAUUCCCAAUUCAUGAUCAGAGCUCUUUAGCUCGGCCGGUUCCAACCCCAAUUUGGUCACUUGGAUACUACUCUGGCUGUCAAAAAGGUGUUCGGAGUAUACCUGGACAGUUAAGCAACUUAAAUGAUGCUGAAAAUCAACCCUUAGGUGCUAAUGCAGAUGAAUUUUAUCGUCUAGCUGCUGACUCUGGUGAUCUGCUUGUUGGGGCUGGGGGAGGAGAGGCCGAGAUAUUUAGUGCCCUGGAUACAGGUUUAGCCUCAACCACUUCGGAGGCUGGUGGGCCUGUUGUGCUUGUCGGCUCCAAGUCGAUUGCCAGAAAAACUGCCAUAGAAAUCGAAAAUAUACGUGACUCCGAUGUAAAUGAUAACGGGCAAGUGAUUGCUGAUACAAACGCCGACAUUCCCUUGCUGACCAAACAAAAGUCAAAGUGGAUAUUUGGACCUACUGAGUGCACUCCUGUAUGGUCAAGCCAGAACAAGGUUGUUAGAGCAGGCAUAGUCCCAACAACACUCGAGGGAAUUUUUGACGAAAAAGUCCGAUCUACGAACGAGGAAGAGCGUGCUUGUCAAUCUACUCAUAGAAAAGAAGCUCUGCUAUCUCAUAUACCGACUGUCACUAACUCGUGUCAUUUGAGCCUACAAGCCAACCUGAUACCCAGACGAAUCUCUCCUGCGCUGAACCCCAUGCAGACGGCUUGUACAAGUCUGGCUUCUUUAGGUCUAGGGACAUGCGUUCUUGCCUCUGGUGGCAGUAUGCCUACACUUUACCUACCCUCAGCUGGCUACACUAGGACGUGCGCUUCUGAAAUGCUAUCUAGCGCUGCAGGAACUGGUGCUGGUGUUGGAAGUAGCUGCGGCAAUGUUCUUGAAGCAACUCAACUAUCCAAC